GUUGUGGAACAUGAUAUCAUGUCUGUGAAGGUGGGCCGCAGGGCCCUUGCAUUUUGUUGUGACCAAUUGCUCCAGCUCCUCGUGGUGGUCACGGGCCAAUUUGCGAAUUGGCGCCAAGGGAGCGAUAAAGAGUGUGUGCCUUGCGUUUGGCUGGUGUCUAGGCGCGUUGCCAACAGACGCGGUCGCGAAGGAAUGCAUUCGGAAUUGAACGAUGUCCUUGCAGCGCAAUCUUCUGACUUCCCCGUGACUGUCAUGGGUGACUGGAAUGAAUUGCCUCACGAAAAGGCACACUUGACGCACUGGUAUGCCCAAGAGGACGGUCAGCCCGUGGCCAGCAGUUGGGCAAGUAAUAGGUCCUUUUUGCCCGGCAAUGUGGGGCUUCAUGACUGGAAAGUGGCUUUGGAGCAAGCUUGGGCUAACAUUCCGGCUGCAGAGGUUGAGGCUGCCAAGCAGCAGCGGCUGGACAACGGGAGUUUGCGCUGCAGCAGUGGUGCCGUCAAGGUCAUCAUUCUCCGUUGGAUGUUGUUGACAUUACUCCGCAAGAUCUGUGGCAAGCUGCCAGCCGAACAGCUGGUUCCAGUGCAGGCCCUAAUGGGUGGUCUGGUGAUGAGGUCUCGGCAUGGCCACGUAGGUAUUGACACUGCCUUGUCGUCGCUUGAAGACGCUUUUCACCGCAAGAAGGGCAUUCUGGAGCAGCAUGUGGGGCUCUCACAGGCCGUGUUUCUGGAUGAUCGCACUUACGUUGCGGUUAAUGCAGCUCAGGUGGUGGAGGAGAAGCUGGAGGAGAGGGAGGAGGAGGAGGAGGAGAAGCAGGUGGAGGAUGAGGAGGAGGAGGCGGAGGAGGACCCAUUACAGCGAAGAUUGGGAUGGCCUUCCCUGCAAGGAGGUCGAGUAUAUGGCGAAGCAGUGCUCCAGGAUAUGGCCCAUGUGCGGAGCGUGAUCCUGGAGAAUGCCCAGCCUUGUGUUUGUGUGCCACCUGGCACUGGCACUGCUAUCCUUGAGGCCAAGCCAGACGUCUUUGAAGAGGAUCCUGAGGCACAACAUCAGGUUCAGCGUCGGGCUACCAAAUUCAUACAUGCUUCAGGUACUCAAGCCGGCAUGAGCUCCACCUCCAUCGUGGUGCCGGCGGGCCAGCUUCGGCUGGUGCAGAGUGGAGUUGAUAAAAGCAGCAAACUCCUGGAAGGUUUGACCAAACUCCUCUCCAGUUUUGAGUCUGUGGAAGAGGAGGACAGUUUUGACACUGAUGAAGCUGAUCAGGCACUGCUCGUUGAGCUGCAGCGUUUGAUUUCACGAAAACCACGCCGUUUGAGAGCUGAGGACUGGCAAGUCAAAAUUGCAACAACACCAAAUGAAACUGAAACCUUGUUGCAGACAGAAAAACGUUUGGUUCUCGCACCAGCUCGUUGUGAAAGUGCACCUGAAAUGUGGGCUCUCCUGGGGUCGGCCCCCGCAGUCAAAGCUACAGUGGUGAUCCCUGAGCACCAGUCAAUUGAUGAGUUUCAAACCAGUCUGGACACUGAAACUCGAACAGCGCGUGUGCCCUUUGUUGUGAAUGGGGUGUUGAAGCUUCAAAAAGUUCUUCUCAUGUGUAAAGGGGGUGCUGAAGCCCCGCGCUUUGUUCAAAAAGAAGUGGCUGUCAAACGUGAAGAGACAGCACGCAACACUGUUGUCCUACGUGCGUCCACACAUAGGCAGUUGGUCCGCAAUCUUGAUGCUGUUCAGAAAAAUCCUGGUCUUGCUGUUCGUCGGUGGAUUCACGAGACCAAGUGGUGUAAUGCUACCCAGAUUGGGGAUACGUGGGGAUGGAAUCAAUCUGGUGCCAUCAUUAGUGGUGUCAUGAGAGUUGAUGUUCGUGUGGCGCCUGCUCUUCUGAAGCUCAGUGGUCAAAGACAUGCUCAGAACCGUUGGUUCUUUGAACCCCUUCGUUUUGCAGAUCCUUUGCCAAAGCCCUUCAACCUUCUUCCUGAAACAUGUUGGAUGAGAGAACCUGGAGCAAGCCUUGAGCAAAAUGCUGCAGCAUGUGAAAAGCAAGCCGUGAUAAAUGGUCUCGGCGUUCGUUUGGGCUCCACUCACGUUGGAGUUCGUCAAGUUCCUUCCCAGUGCGAUGCUCCCAGACCUCGGACUUGGAAAGCCACAAAUGUGCCUCGUUUUCUUGACGUUGAAGACUUUCAACUCCUGAUGGAAAAAGCAGGUUUUGAUCAAUGUGAACCUUUGGAAAAGUUCCGGUGGAGGCAGCACACUGGCUUUGUUUUUAAAGCUAUUCGUGCUGAUACUGAUCUAGUCAAUGUUCAAUAUGGUGACCAUGCCAUUUCUGUUUGUGCGCGUGGCCGCAAGCCUCCAGUGCGUCGAACUGUCAACCAGCUUCCUGGUGAGAAGCGUGUGCAAUUUCGCAGUGUGCCAAAAGAUGACCGUCAUGAUCCCACGGCCCUAAUGGACUCAGUUGUUGCAACCGGGGAAAAUGCGGAAGAAACAGAGUCUACGUUGUUUGGCCCUCCAGAUGCUUACAUGGAAGGCUCGGAAGAAGUUCAGGUUGCGCCAAAAAGGCCGCAGAGUGUAUCUCCUCAAAAAGGCCCUGCCAAAAAGCAGAAACCCACUGACAAUAUCCCCAAGGCUCUCAAAGAGAUUGCCAAUCCUGGCAAUGGUGAUUGCUUGUUCUGGGCCCUUAGCCAUGGCCUCACUGCUGCUGGAGGCAAAGAAAAAAGCCCACUGCAAUGCCGGGCGCUUGCUGUUGCACACCUGACCAAGUACCAAGACUCAUAUGCCCGGCACUGGGAUGGAUGUUUUCCUUGCCAAGGAAACAAGGAAAUCCCCGACCGCGAUUUUUCUGUCCAUCUCCAAGAGUUGGCUCAACAAGGUGCUUGGGGCAGUGCUUUAGAAGUUACAGCGUUCUCGAUGACAGUCGAUAGACCCAUUUUCCUCUACGCUGUCGACAAUGAGUCUACAAGGACUUACGUUUUCAACAAACAGAGUCAACGCAAACCCUUGUACUUGAAGUAUGAUAAAAACCAAGAACAUUUUACAUGUCUUGUGCCCGAACAACACUUCGAGCCCGACCUUGCCAAUGUGAUUGAAGGCCCUCACACCGGUCUUCGUGGCGCGGCCAAAUCGGCUAUGAUGUUACAGCUUAUGCUUGCAGCAAAUGUGCGCAAAUGUGGUGUUCGCCCAGUGCUUUCUUUGCCAGAAUCCGACAAGGGUGUACCGUCAAGUGUCCAGGUACAGCUGGUCGCCACUGAAUGGCAGCAUGACGUUGUGGAAGAUGGUGAUGUCGAAAGCAACCCUGGUCCGUCAUCAUCGUCAAGCUGUACCUUUUGGAGCAUCAACACUCGUGGUCGUGAAGGGGCCUAUCGAACCUUGGAUUUGCUGGCGUCUACAAAACCACAUAUUGUGGCUCUGCAAGAGACAAACAUGGACAAGGAGGAAGCUCAACAAUUUUCUCGCAUUGCUGCUUCCCGUGGGUAUCGUGCUUGGCAUGUUACAAGGCAGGCCCGAAUUGAUACUUGGAAUAGAGUUCAUCAACGUGGUGGUGUCUCUCUCUUGGUUAGACAGGAUAUUCGUGCUGCUCACCAACAUGCUGCCCUGGACGAUUGUGGUGAGUUGCUUGCAGUUGAUUUUUGCACAAUUUCUUUCAUUUGUGUUUAUCAACGCCCCAAUGUUGCUGCACCGGGGUUGGAUCCCUUGAUCAAUGAAUUUCUGGUCGGCCAACGACCCGAUACUCCGGUCAUUCUUGCUGGUGAUUGGAAUGAGGUUCCGGAUGCAAAUGAUCUGACUUGCUGGUAUGUUCAACAGGAGGGACAAGCUGUGCCUAGCGACAUUUGUGUUCACUGUGACUAUGACCUUUCAGCCAAAAUGAUUGGGACGCGUGGUCUCCAUCCUAAAAACAUUGGUCAAGCUGAAUGGACCAAGACAUUGGCUGCAAUGUGGCAGCCGGAUAUUCCUUGCACAGAUACUGAACAAGAGUGGCAGCAGUUCAACUCUCAGGUUGAAAGGACUUCAGUUCAAGCUGCUCGGCGAUUGGGCUUGCAGUGUGCUGCGCCGCCUGCCUUUCGCAACAAGGGCUCUGAGCCCGCCUUUGCAGAAAAUGGUAUUGAUUUGAAUUUUCAAUGCACUUGCCGCACUUUUCGUUGGAGAAGGUUGGUCAAACUUUUGGGCCGUAUCAAAGAAUUUCGUCGUCAACUUGUGACAGAAAAGCAGCAGCCUUCCCUCCUGAACAACAUCCUCAGGACUUGGCCUCGUGACCUGCCGCAACAUUCUUGUGAUUGGUCAGUCAAUGAAGAAAUUAUUCGGCAGAAACUACAGGAUGAAGUUGAAAGCACUCGUCAAGAAAGAUUUCGUACUUGGCAAAGCAAAAUGUUGGCUGCCAAAAAAGAUGCAACCAAGUGGCUUCAAGGUCACAAAAUGAUCGUCUCUUCUUCCUUGUCCUACGACCAGAAUGGGGAGACCAAAACUGUUUUUGGUCCCACAGAAGGCUUGCAGAAGCUUCACGACUUUUGGAACCGUAUUUGGACCCGACCAAGUACUAUGAAUGUUGACGAAAGCUUGAACAUGUGGCAACAAUUUGGUGUUUCUCAUGAUUUACAAUUUUUCGCUUUGAAUGCUGAAGAUUUGCACAACAGUGCUGCCCGCCUGAAGGGCUCUAGCGGUGGUGUGGAUGGUUGGAGUGGCUCUGAAGUGGCUGCGUGGCCUGUGGAAAUUUGGCAGACUUAUGCUGAGUUGCUUUGCAGAUGGCAGGAAAGGCGGCAGUGGCCGCAGGCUUGGCAACACAUGCGCCAGGUUCACAUUCCCAAGCAUGGCCGGUCUCUUGCUGGUGGAAGCGUUCAUGUGGCCGACAUGCGGCCAAUUGCAGUUCAGUCGGUGUUGUGGCGUGUGGUUGCUUCUGCCAUCACCCGCAGUGAGGAGCCAUCCCCGGGCGUGGUGUGGGUGGUGCCCAAAGCCACCUGGGGGCAUUUUUUCCACGUGCCAAAGAUGUCCCAGUUGUACGCUUCUUUCAAGCAAUGCAUGUUUGCGCACAAACAGGGAGCUCCUGAUUUGCAAAAGAUUUUGUAUGGUCACAGAGCUGACUUGGACUUCAUGGCUGGUUUCUAUGCUUGUGGUGCUCUUCGGCGUGUGAUGAUGAAAGGUAUGCUGAUCUGGGAACAGAGACCUACUCGUGGAACUUGGCAAAGCACUGUCCGUCGAUGGCUUGAUGCUCUUGGUUGGAGAGAAGUUGCUCCUUGGCAUUGGACCCACGAUGCUCUUCGCUAUUUCAUGCGCUGGUCGCAACUUGUUCCCUUGAGGCAAGUGGAUCGGUCAAAGCUUUUGGAAAAAUUUGACCACUUGGUGAGGGAGUCCUGGCGCUUUUGCCUCUUUAGCUCCUUUUUGCAAAGACAACGACGUGAUGCUCGGGCACUUCGAGAUCCUCUUCAAAGACGUCUGGCUUCGCCUUCCCCUCGUGAGGGCUGCUUCUACAAUGACAUGGUGAUUACGCACAUGGCCCGUGUGCGUGCUGAG